AUGGCGGAGAAUGGCGAAGAAAAACAAGAAGGUCGCAUUUAUUUCCGUAAACCCUUGAAGAACAAUAACAUAGCAAUAAAAACUAAUCGAGAUGAAGCCUCUGCUGUUGUGAUGACGAAGAAAUUGCCUACUCCACCAGACAAUAAACUGCAUUUUGCAACAUCUCGAUGGUUUUCUAAGCAAUUAGAGAAGGCGUCGAUGUUUCAGUACGAUUCUUCCAAAGAAAUUCAAGUUCACAACGACAGUAGAGCAACAGCAACACUCGAAACAGAAACAGAAUUUUCCAGAGAUUCGAGAUCGGUUCGUGAAAGAGUUCUGAAGCGAGCAGACGAAGCUUUAAAAGGUAAACACAAGAGUAAUUAUAAUGAUGAUCAUAAGUUAUAUAAAGGAAUCCAUGCCUAUACGAAUCAUAAAGCUGGUUUUAGACGUGAGCAAACUGUUUCAAGUGGAUUCCAUGGUCCAUUGAGAGCUCCUGUUCAUAUUAGAACUUCGACUAGAUUCGAUUACCAACCAGAUGUGUGUAAGGACUAUAAACAAACCGGUUACUGUGGUUACGGCGAUUCAUGUAAGUUUUUACAUGAUCGCGGCGAUUACAAGUCAGGUUGGGAACUAGAAAAGGAAUGGAAUGAAUCAGAGAGGAAAAGAAAGAGGAUUUCUUAG